UGCAGUUACAGAUGGCUGGGAUAUCCACUGACCUCGAUUGAGUGGCGCAGCAGUGAGCCGUGCAGGUGAGUGACAUUCAGCCGUGCAGGUGAGGGAUUAUUCAUUAGCAGCGUGACGUCACCCUGGGGUGAAUAGAGCACGCUGAAGCGGAGCUGUUCACUCGCACAGGUGCUUAACACAGAUACUCCACCAACACCACCACACCGCACGAAGGCCAUGAGAGCAGCUUUUCUCAUCGCGUCUCAGUUGCUUUAUCAGCUAGUUUGCAUCGACACAUCAAGAACCACAGGCUGCGUUUAGCACAUGGAUGCUUGUGUUUCUCCACACUUCUGCCAAAGCGAACAGGCUGUUCUCAGGGACAUCUGCAAUUUUAAAGAUGGAGGCUGCCACAUGACUGACGCGAAGCUCUGCAACGCCACUCUUCAGAUGAUGUUCAGCCGCUCACCUGCACUGGGACAGUGCGUGUGUUCUGGGCCGGAUCCGUGCAGCACUAUAGAGCAGCUGUACUCUCAAUGCCGGCAUCAUUGGGCUCCAAAAAACAAGCAACUUGAGUCAGAAUGGCAAGCCAGCGAUCACAAAGAAGGUGUACACCAAACCAACCAAUCCUGUCUUGAAGAAAUAGUGGCUUGCCUUGGGGAGAAAUCCUGUAACAGCAGAAUGGUGCCAUUUGUCCAGGAAUGCAAUGCCUACCAGUGCAACCCCAGUCAGUGCAGAGAGGCAGUGAGGCAAUUCUACUCGACUCUUCCUCACAAUGUGGCUGAGAAACUGGUGUUCUGUGAUUGUGACAGUGAAGACCAGGAGUGCCAGCAGAUGAAAGCCUCUCUACACUCUGGAUCCUGUGCAAGUGACAGGUCGGAGACCCUCUGGACCUGCCUGGAGGCGCUGGACAGCUGCUCUGAAGAUACAUUGUGCAGGCAGAUAUUUAGCAGGUACCUCUCCAAAUGUUUUGGGGAAAAGGAAUCUGAGCAUGAAACGACCAGUGAAUGGCUGAGUCGUCUGGACCCCGAUUUCUUUCUUGGGCAUGACCUCCAAUGCAGGGUGGCAUUUGUGGAAACAAUGGGUUCAAUACUUCAUCAUCCAUGCACUUGUGAUGGAUUACAUCAUCACGAUCAGUAUAAGUGCAAUGAGCUGAAACACAUUUUCCAAGACAAGUCCCUCUUCACACUCUCAGGGACCAAAGGAUAUUUUCGACAUGAAUUAAACACCGGGCAACAACCAACCAGUGAAACAAACACUGAACAGCAAUGGUUAAGUGGUGAAAAUGGCCAACACGGACAGUAUGAUGAGUCAAGCGAUGGGCAACGACCAAACAAUCAAUCAAGCAUUAAGCAGCAGUGGUUGAGCGAUCAACUGUUUUACAUACUGCUAUACAUCUCUGCAUUAAUGGUGGUGGUAUUGUUCGCGGUCAGCCUGAUUUUGCACAGACUGUGGAGAAUACACCAAGCUGCUGAUAAACCAACUUUUGAGGCCCAGUCAAAGUCUCUGAUGCUGUCAUCUGUUAUUAUUUAAGUGUCAGUGAUAUUUGCACAUUCUUAGUUGUAUCUUUCGCUGUGAAUUUGGAAAAACAGAAGUUUGUAACAAAGAAGUUCAGUUUGUAACAAUUCUUUUGUUAUUUCAAUUCUGUUCUUCUUAUGUUCUUUACAUAUUUAAUAUUUCAUUAAUAGCCUUUUGCUUUCUCUCAAGCCACAAUUAAGGUUUGCAAGAAGGGAUUGUUAUUAUUUUCAAAUUUGUUGUCAUCUGGUUUUAUUGUCAUAAGCUUUAUUUUUAUGACACCUUUUAAAUGACGCCAUUGUACUUGAGAUAUAUAGUAAGUUUUAGACCUCACUGCAAAAAAAAAAAUAAUAAAAAAUGAAUAAAAGCUGGUGAGCUAGAUUAGAAGUAAUAAUCUGUGAUAAUCUGAUUCUGUUUCACGGCAUAAACCAUAAAUAAAGUGUGAAUGAGCAACAUUCAAA